AUGGAACCUUCCAAUACUGAUGUCCCUAUUAUCAAUACCCAAUGCAAUGUUUUUGCAACGGAUAACCAGGGUAACCCCAAUCAAAGAGUUCAAAUCUUUAACUAUUUACUCAACCUAGCCACUGAUUACUGGACCUGGCUAUUGCACAGAGUGGUAGAACUGAAAAGCCACUGCUUUCGGCCAAUAAGCAACAUAAAGCUAACACUAACCGCUGAUGCGUCAAGUCUGGAGGGGAUAAGCCAAACUAGAGGAUGGAGAACGGCAGCCGUCCGAUGUAUGGAGUUCCAUCCAACCACCUCGUUGAUGGCUCUUUUGACCAACAGGGAUAUCGUUUUGCUCCAUGAUGAAAAGAAAAAUUCACCGACCAGAUUGAAAUCUAUCCAGCAAAAGGACGUUACCUGUGCCGCUUUUCGUCCUUGGUCAGAUUUCAGAGAAUUGGCCGUGGGAUGUGCCGCGGGGAUUUGCCUAUGGCGAGAAAAUCAACGCUCCAAUAUGAAGCAUAAUAUACGAAAUAUGACAGGUAGUCAUCAAUUAAGAGUCCUGCAGGACGAAGGACACAAUUAUGUGACAUCUAUUCAGUGGAAUGAAGAUGGUACCAUACUGAUUAGCGCCGCCUUGGGCACAUCUCACAUUAUCCUCUGGGAACCAGACUGUCAGCAGAAGAUUACUUUGAUCCCAGCACCCGACAGUCUGAGCUCCUUUUCCCUACUCCGUUACAGUCCCAAUUUCCAGAUACUUUUCUGUGCCUCAUGCGAGGCUGGUGCUAGUCUAUGCCAGUUGAAUAGAUCGAAAUGGAUGUCCGAACAGAUCCUUAUGCAUAAUCAUAUUCAAGCAGCUAUCUGGACAACUUGCAGCACAUUUUUGCUAUUUGUGCAGGAAGGCAGCACUCGAAUUUACUCCUGUACCGAUGAUGCGGAGGCCGGGGUUUUCCUUCACCCCAAGCCCCUUUGGAGCGUUGAAUUGGUUGCUGAUCUGGAAGAAGUCACCACCUGUUCUGGGCACAAAAGGUGUUGCGGUCAACCCCAGGCCUUUGCCAUGGAUCCUCUCGGAGUUUACAUGGCUAUAAUUUUUAAGAAGCAAUCUUUUAUCUUGCUAUGCUAUUUAGUUGAUUCGAAGUUGGGUUCAGUGCGACUCAUUCCCAUCGAAUUUAUCGAGUGCGACGCCGAAGGUGAGCAAUAUCCAACUUGUAUUGGCUUUAAGGUUUCCGAUCUGGAAAUUCGUUGGUUGAUGAUUGCCUGGAGUACUGGUUACAUUCAGAGAUUUGCCAUCACUGCGAAGAAGUCCCAGAUCUCUUAAUUAAAAGAAAAU